GGGGGCGUGGUUAACCUGUCUACCCGGAAAAGGAGUCGGAGUGGGCGGGGCUUGUGUCUGAGCCUGAGAACCUCCACCCAACAGGUGAAACUCUGAGUUUCAGCAGGUAGACACACGGUUUUGUGGACCCUCAGCUCACCUGAACAGAUCCAGCCAUGAGGGGGCGCUCUCCUGACCUUCGUCACCUCCUCCUCUUCAUCGUCUUCAGUGUUUUGGUUGAAGGAGCGUCAGGAUUCAGGGUCUGCUCCUACAACCUGCAGAACUUCACCGCAGCAAAAGCAUCGAACCGCCGAAUGUUACACACCCUGUCACGGGUGGUGUAUCGCUGUGAUAUCUGCCUCCUGCAGCACGUGGUCGAUCCAAACGGCGCCGCCGUCAAAGCUCUGAUAGCCAAACUCAACGCGAUUGUGGUACAUGGACAGCCGUUCCUGAUGGCGAUCGAGCCGUACUCUGGACAAGUUUAUAACUUUGGCAGAUUUCAUAAACUCUCCAGGACCAUGGUGUUGGAGGUGAGCGAUCACUACCCAGUGAUGGUGCAGUUAAAGAGCUCCGCCCCCCGCCCCCCUCCUUCAGGCCACGCCUCUGCUGAUCCUCCUCGGUGUCUCUGUGAUCGUUCAGUUCUGCCUGCAGGCUCUGUGAUCGUCUGCUUCAAACGCUGAACAUGUUUUUUUAAUCAGCUGGAGGAAAGUUAAAUAAUGUUUUUGUGCCAUGAAACCAGUCUGAGCUGUAGAAUGGUCAGAAGAUCAGGGUGAUUUUAAUGUCAUUUUAUGCUUUUAUUUUGUAGUUUUAACCAUCAGUUUUUGACUAAAUUUCCACCAAAGAAGAAGAAAGCUGCAGAUUAAAUUUUUACAGAAACAAGCUGUUUAUUAGAUGUGAAACGUUGGUUUGUUGCUGUUUUUGAUCCUUCGGUUGACCUGCAGACUCAGACAGGAAACUGUUCCAGACUGGAAGAGUUUCACAGUAAACCUCAAAAUACUAAAUAAAACACAGUAAAUGUUUUUUUUUAGGAAUAAACUUUAGUAAUGUUAGAUCAAAUUGUCAGAGUUUAGGGGGAUAUUUCUGUUUUCCCCCUCCUGUAAUGUGUUUUUCUGAACAUCAGAAACUGAUGUCAAUAAAUUUGGGAGUUUUUAGACUUUU